AUGGCCACAAACAAUUCUGCGCCUCCACGCUGCACGCUAUUUUACAAUGCGACGAUCAUCACGGUGAACCAGCGCCGCGAAAUCAUUCAACAAGGAUAUAUCCGCGUGGAUAUUGACAGGAUAACGGAAAUCGGGCAGGGGAAAUAUCCGAUCGAACUACCAACUCAGACACAACAGAUUGACUGUCAAGGCAAAAUAAUCAUUCCCGGGCUGAUCAAUUCCCACGCUCACUUAGUACAAUCCUUACUUCGUGGACUGGCCGAGGAUCUUCCAUUACAUAAUUGGUUAUGUGAUGCAAUUUGGCCGCUGGAGGCUGUGUUCGCUGAUGAUGAUGGAUAUCAUGCGACACGAUUGACGACGGCGGAGAUGUUGAAGACAGGGACCACUUGCUUUCUUGAUCCCAUGUUGACAUAUCGUGCCGGCUUCGAUCAGGUAUGUACUGCUGUGAGCGAGAUGGGAAUACGAGGGUGUCUGGGUAAGCUGGUCAAAUUCACCGAAACCAAUCGCCAAUUAUCGAUUUCCGAUCCUCGCGAUCAAGACCUACUAGCGAUGUCUAUCCCGGAACUUCUGAAUGCUCAUAAGAAACACCAUCGCAGCCAAGAUGGCAGGAUUCAUGUUUGGGCGGCAGCUGGUACACCGCGAGGCACGUCGAUUGAGAAAUAUCUUGAGUUGGGCGAGACUUGCUCUGAAAACGGAAUCUCGGUGACUAUGCAUUGUUCCGAGGCCCCCAAGGAUAGGACUAUUUACCACGAAGCCUAUGGCUGCAGUGCGAUGGAAUUUGUCCGCGAUGCAAAACUUUGCCCACAACCCGCGACCGGAUCGGAUGAUGGCGACCAGAAGUCUCAUUCUCUGGUUUUGGCUCAUAUGGUGAAUCUGGAUCCAGAGAUUGAUAUCCCACUGCUUGCAAGCACGCAGACCUCGGUGGCUCAUAACCCAACAUCGAAUCUCAAGUUGGCCUCGGGCGUGGCUCCAAUCCCAUCCAUGCUUUCCCACACAUCACCUGUGAAUGUCGCCCUGGGGACAGAUGGUGCACCGUGCUCCAAUCAUUAUGAUAUGAUACAGGAGAUGCACUUAGCUGGAAUCCUUCAUAAAGGGGUGAAUCAUGACGCGGGCUUGAUCCCGGCCGAGGUUGCCUUGGAGAUGGCGACCAUAAAUGGGGCACGAGCGCUUGGCCUUGAGGAAGAGAUCGGAAGCCUUGAGACGGGAAAGAAGGCAGAUCUUGUGGUCAUUGAUCCUUAUGGUCGAGGUGGACUUGGUGCAGCACCCUGGAGUAGCGACUUGAUUGGGUGUGGAGUUAGCCCUCUCACCACGGUCGUUCAUGGAUGUACCGGGCGGGAUGUCGAUAUAACGAUGGUGAAUGGGGAGAUUCUAGUUGAGGAUGGCAUACUCAAGAUUGGAGGCAAGGAUAAAGAAAGGGAGAUCGUCGGCCUUGCACAGGGAGCUAUCAAGAAUAUACUUCGACGAUGCAAUGAGAAUCGGGACGAGCCAGACAAGGUUGGAGGGAAACUUCUGCCAUCUUGGAAAUAUGCAUAG